AGACCAGACAGAAACUUUCCAAACGAGUAAACUCAACUGAAGGAUGAUCAGAUGCUAGGGAAAUCCAGCUCACACUAGUGCGACUGCAAGAUAACUGACAGUAAAGCAAGAGUCAGCAGGCCAGGCAAGGCCAAUGAUGCUUUAUAAUUCUAAUACAAAUUUUGAGAUAAAAUGUCAUCAAAAGCAGUCCUUCCACCAAGUCGGCUCAGGAGAUCAUCCCCAGAGGCUACAGUUCACCUUCUGCAGAAGAAGCUGGAUGUCGCAGAAAAGGAGACGGUUGGCCUUGUUCAUAAGCUGGCUGAGCUGGGUUUCACUGGUUCUAGCAGGGUGAAAGGAGGAGGUGGAGAAAAGAAAGGCGAUUCACUGAUCGAUUCUCCUGAGCCUAUCCAGCCUUUUAUUCCCAGGUCGGCUGAAACGGAGGUGCUUCAUAAGAAUUACCAGACUCUUGUUUCAAGGUUGUGCCGAAAUGAGAGUCAGAUUCAGACACUUAGACUUAACUUUUGUUCUAUGCAGACUGCCAAAGACCUGGCCAAGAAAGAAGCGGGAACAUUGAAAGAGCAGGUUGAUGUACUGGCAGAGACCCACCAUGCUGAAGUGGGCCGGCUGGAGGCAGAGCUAGGGAAGGCCAAGAAGGAGUGUAACGGCCUGGUUGUUGCAAGGAAAGCCUCCGAAGAAGAAGCCAGGAGACUCCAGGCUGCCUUGAAAGAUGCCACAUUUACCAAGUCAGACUUCUCUGUUGGAUAUGAAGACAUUCAAAUUGCAAAAAAAAAACUCGCAAAGAGAGUAAAUGAGUUGAGAGAAGAAUUAGGACGAGAGGUGAGUCUCCGUGGAAGCCUGGAAGAGUCACAUUCUACACUACUACAAAGAAUAUGUGAUACAGAGUCUAUACUAGAAAAUGAGAGGAGAGAGGUACAGUCUUUAAAUGAAAACUGCAUUGAGCUACGACAUGAGGGUGCAAGACUACUGGAAGAGAAAAAUCAGGAAAGCGCAAGAAGGAAAGCUAUAGAAGAGGCUCUGAAUAUGCUAAAAUCUGAGCUAGCGUCCAAGGACGGCAAAAUAGCAGAGCUACUAGAACAGAACAAGGUGUUGGCAUCAUCUCUUGCCGCCUCUAAGAAGACAUCUAGUGAUCUUCACUCAGAGGUAGAAAAACAAGCCAAGUUGGUCAUAGAUACACAGACAUUACUUGUCCAAGUUCAAUCAGAAAGGGAGAGCUUACAGGAGAUAGCCCAGAAAAAUACACCUCAGCUUUCCCAGGAAGAGCUAUCCAUUGUUGCUGACUUGGAAUCGAGAAUAAAUCUUCUUGAAAAACAGAAGCAGGAAUAUGAAUCCCGAAUUACCCAGGAAAGACAGGGCAAGCAAAAUGUGCAGAGUUCCAGCUCAAGGUUAGAGGAGCAGCUGAUCUCUGUCAAGCUGAAACUGAGUGAGCAAGAAACCAAACAUCAAAAUAAGGUGGCCACAUUGGAACAUGCUGUCAGUCUCUUGAAGAAUGAACUGAAUGAAGCGCAAAAAGAGAAGGAAGCCAUGCUGAAGUCAAAAGACUCGCUAAUGGAUGAGGUCAAUCAAGCGGUGGAUAGUAUGACAGAAGAAAGACGAUCAGUUCAAGAGAAGAUCAUUCAAGCACAGGCUGAGAUAACAAAUUUGACAAGGCACAAAGAGGUUACUGAGCAAGACAAUACACAGCUGAGAGAGAGGAUAGCAAUACUUGAACAACAUCAGUCUGCCCAUCAGAAAGUGGAAUCAACCAUCACUGAGUUGCUAGACAGUAAGAACAGGUUAGCCUAUGAGAAGGGUCAACUCCAAAAUAGGGUAGAACAACUUCAGAGGGACAUGAGAAGUAUGGAAAAUAUUCAUGCAGAUGCGAGUAAGCUGAAAAAUAUCAACAGUGAUCUGGAGGCAAAGCUGAGGGAGGCAAAGCGUGAACUAACUGAAGCAAAGCAGAACCUUCAGCAUAUGGAGAAUGUUUUGAAACAGGAGCAAGCCAAUGCAGGCAGAAAAGAAGAGGAUUUUAGACUUGCAAUUCAAGCUAGAGAUACUGCACUAAAAGAUGUAGGGAAAGUCAGAGGAGAACUUGAAGCCAUCAAGCUCAGAGAAAAACAGAAGACAACCACCCUUCAGAAGAACCUGUGCGAAGCCAGGAGCGAUCACAGCAAAAUGGCCGCCACGCUUGAGACCAUCAUGACAUCACAUGGUCAGCUUCAGGUCGUCGUGGAAACCUUCCAAACAGAGAUGGGUCAGAGGGAUCAUGAGCUAGCUGCUCUCAGACAAGAAAGACAAAGUCACAAAAGAUCCAUGGAGAAGAUGCAGAGGGAGGUUACUAGAUUACAAGAACAGCUUGCUGCCAUGGAGACAGCUGACUCUAACCAGCUUGCAAGCUUGAACGUCGACCUCACCAAAGCUGCCCAGUCCCAAACCAAAAUGGCCACCAGAUUACAAGAGGCCUUAGCAACCAUCUCCAAGCAACAGGUUGCUAUGGAAGCUCUUCAGGGUCAAUUAGACAAAAGAGCUGCUCAGUAUCAGAUCCUCUCAGAUACAAGGCAACAUGAAAAAGAUGAGUCCCAUCAGAUUAAAGAAGAACUGGCAGGAAAGAUUGAGUCGCUCAAACAACAGCUGAGAACAACCCGAGACAGCAAUCAUAAGAAGCUUACCCUUGAGUUGACUGAACUCAGACAAACUCAUACAGACUCAAAAUCUAGAGCCGAGAAGCUUACUAAAGAGAAUAAAGAACUCUUAGGAAAGCUAGAGGACCUGGAGCAGAAGCACUCCAAGCUCAAAAUAAGACUUGCCAGUCAGAAGACUCAGCUGGAUCAAUCCAGGAACACACAACGGGCCAACAAGGAUCUAGAAUCCAAGCUGCUCCAGAUCCAGGACCAGCUUAAAGAUAUGGAACAGACCAAGACUGAGUAUGCCACCAAGAAUCGGGACCAGUCCAGGACCAUUGCGAGCUUCAUGGACCAGAUGUCGGGGCUUCAAAGGGAACUGGAAAGUAUCUCUGAGAUACAGAAAGAAGAAUCUGAUCAGUCAAGGGAUAAAGUUCUGAAGUUGGAGAAGGAUGCUGAGAAAGCUAUUCGUAUCCAGAAAGAAAACGCAAAACUAAAGAAACAGCUAAGAGAAAUGGAGGAAAAGAAGUUGGGUGCAGAGGAAAAACUUGCUGAAGCCAGCAAUGAAUCCCUCCAGAUUUCAAACCACCUCCAGGAGGCCCAUAACUGGUUCCAGUCUCGGUAUAGCAGUCUUCAGAAAGCUCUCAGCGAGACAAAAAAGAAGCAAGCCCUGCUAGAACAGACAGCUGCGGAACAACAGAGGGAGCUCUCCCAAGAGAGGCUGAAGUCCGAGGUACAGACCAAGAAAGCUGAAGAUAUGAUCAGGACCAGUCGUCAAACUCUUAACCAAUUAGCCAACCAAGCCGAGGUAGACCAACUGGAGACCAGGACCCAGAUGCACAAUCUUGCCAUGCGGGUACAAGCAGAGAGGGAUCAUGCUACGUAUGCUGAUCAAAAGAUGCAGAAAUUACUGAAUACCAGUGCUGAAUUAGUAGAAGAUCUUGCUCUUGAGUUGGACCGAUCCUACAGCAGUAUGCGGCCUUGAGUUUGACCGGUCCUGCACCAGUAUGCAGCCUUAAAUUGGACUGGUUCUACAGCAGUAUGCAGCCUAGAGUUGGACCAGUCCUACAUCAUUAUGCGGCCUCUAGUUGGAAUUAUCCCACAACAGUAUGCGGCCUUGAGUUGGACCGGUCUACAACUCUAUGCGGCCUUGAGUUGGACCGGUCCUACAACAGUAUGCGGCCUUGAGUUGGACCAGUCCUACAUCAUUAUGCGGCCUUGAGUUGGAAUUAUCCCACAACAGUAUGCGGCCUUGAGUUUGACUGGUUCUACAGGAAUAUGCGGUCUUGAGUUGGACUGGCCCAAAAGCUGUAUGCAGCUCCGAGUUGGACCGGUACUAUAGCUGUAUGCGAACUUGAGUUCAACCGGUCCUACAACAUUAGGCGGCCAUAAUGAUAUUCCUAUCAUUGUACCUCAUGCCUCAUAUUCUGAAAAAAUGUAAAAAAAGCAAAUCAUAGUUACAGUUAAAAACCAAAGUUAAAAAGUUGCUUGGAAUGUUGCUUAUAAUGUGUGGAUUUCUCAUAUAUACCAUUUUGCAGCUGUACAAAUCCUUUAUUUUGGUGCUCUGAUGUGGUUGAUGUGAAGAGAAUGCUGCCAUUAUUUGCAGAAGUUCAAUAUCUCUCUUUCGAAUGCAAUAACUCAAAUUGAUUCGUGCGAAACAGUCUAAUGACUAAUGCUGAAGCUAGCUUGAAUUACAAAGACUCAAUUAAAUUAUUGAAUAAUUAGAUAAAUCUAUUAGUAAUAAAUCAGUGAAUUAGUGAGUGAAUACAUAGAUGAAUAAAUGAUAAAUGAAUGAAUGAAUAAAUUAAUGGAUCCAUGAAUGAAUGAAAUGUUGAAAUAGAGACAAUACUUGAAAUACAAAUUUAAAGAUAAAUUAUUUAUUUAUGUAAAUUGUUUUAUUGUGCCAAACCAACUUUCUAUGCAUUAUAUGAUUUAUAAUAUGACAUACACCACCUAAAAUUAAUAUUCCUCAUAUUCAUAGAUCUUUAAGAAUUGUUUAUCUUUUCGCAGCUGUUUUCCCCUUAAAUAUUAUUGCCCACUUUAAUUCAGAGUUUAUUGUAUAUUGCUGACCCCAGAUUUGUGAAAAAGAAUUGGAAAUUACUGUAGUGAAAUAACAUUGGUGGAGCCAGCUAAACACACUGUCCCAGGAAAAGACAUUCUUCACCUUGUCCUCUUUGGCCAUUUAUAUAGUGCUUUAUACAAUGUUUCUAAGCAGUGAAAGCAAUGCAGACUAUUAUCGCAGCUUAAGCAUGGCUACCUUGAUCAGGUGCUCGAACAUUCAAGGAAUCCCUAACAGGUACGCAUUUACUGUUAAAUAUUUGUGGUUGGAGGGUGGCAAAUAAUGAUAUUGUGACUUAUCAAAAGCCAGUCACAUAAAGAAUUAAGGAUUCAUUAGUAAGGUUUUGGGGGAUAUUUUAUUCAGAUAAACACCUUGCCAAAGGAGACAACAGCUGCACUGGAAUUUGAACCAUGGCCCUUGCGGCUCAAUGCCCGGAUACUUAUCCACUUAUCCACUACAUGUCUACCUGAAAUCAUAAUAGUAAUACUUAUUACUUAUAUGGCGCUUUUCCCAUAAGGCCCAAAGCGCUUACAAUGAAAUUAUUUACAAUGUGUGGAAUAUACAGUAAUUUGCAUGACAUUUGUUUGCCAUUGAUUUUUUUUUUUCAAUGCUGGGUGAUGCACAACAACUUAUACUUGAUAGACAUGUAAAUGUAUGCAAUUCCCUCUGAAAUCCGAUUCUCAUGUCACUUUAAAGUUUGCAUGAUUUGCAGUGAUUAUCUUGUCUAUUAUAAGGCUUCUAUCUUCUUGAUUUCAAUAAUUUUCGGGGGGGGGGGGGGUGAUGUAGAUAGCAAAUGAAUGUGAUUUGUUCAUGAAAUAGUGCAGUUGGCUUGAUAAUCUGAAUAAAAUUGGUUGAUCAGUGCUUUUCAAUGACAAUGACAUUUUAGGGUCCAAGGUCAUGAUGCUGAGGUUAUUCAUCAUAUUCAUGCUCGGUAUUUAUUUGCUAGCAUUGAUGCGUCUUAACGAGCUGCCGCACCUGUACAAUGUGGCCAGCGUAUGGCAAGCUGUUUCACCAUGUGAUCCUAUCUAUUGAUAUCAGUUUAAUUCAAUUCUUGAUAUAAUGAAAUGAAAUUGUUGAUAUUACAAUUAAUUUCUUGAUAUCAAAAAGUAAUUUUGUUCUUUAGGUUUAUAAAUAGCAAUUAUUGAUUAAGAAUCUGAUUCUUGGUAUCCAGAAAUAUGGUUUAAUGGUAAAGCAGCUUGCCAUAGGCUUCUUAGAAAAAUAUUCUCUGCUUUCUGUUCAGUCUCAUACCAUCUGGUCUAAUUCUAGUUCACCUACAACCAUUUUGUGGUAGUAAAUAUUUGGUCUAAUUGCCAUUUGGCCCAUUGACCAUUUUGUCUUAUUUCCAGUAAGGCUAUACCCAUUUCGUCAAAUAUCCACUUGAUGUAAAAACACUUGUUUAAGAUUAAAUGAACUGUUUAUGAACCAAUUUUUUAUGUGACAAUCAGACAAAGUGCACAAUAAUAAUAAGACAAAGUGUAAAUUGAUUAUGUGGGCAUUAAGUAGGCCAAAUGACAAUUAAAAGUGAUAAUUAGACCAAGUGAUGGGUGGAUGAAAUUGUUAUUAGACCAUUUGAUAGAAUAAGUGGGCUUAGCCAUGAUGGUGUUAGACAAUCUGAUAGUAGACCAAGUGGGUUUAGCCCCAGUUUAGCUAUGGUGGUGUUAUCUGAGAAUUAGACCAUCUGCUAGUAGACCAAGUAGGUUUAACCAUGAUGGUGUUAGACAAUCUGAUAGUAGACCAAGUGGGUUUAGCCCCGGUUUAGCCAUGGUGGUGUUAUCUGAUCUGAGAAUUAGACCACCUGAUUGUAGACCAAGUAGGUUUAGACAUGAUGGUGUUAGACAAUCUGAUAAUUAGACCAUCUGAUAGUAGACCAAGUGGGUUUAGCCAUGAUGGUGUUAGACAAUCUGAUAUUAGACCAAGUGGGUUUUGCCAUGAUGUUGUUAGCUGGUCUGAGAAUUAUGAGACUUAGACCAUCUGAUAGAAGACCAAAUGAAGUGGAUAUAAACCUUUAAUAUUGUGAAGUAAAGCUGAAAAUGUAUAUAUUGUAUAGAAUAUUUAUUUUGUUAAUUUGAGGAUUGUUUACAUAUUUGUUUUAUGAAGCAAUAAAAAUAUUUUUAUUCUUUGAAA